GCCUCCGCCGGGCAGGAUGGUGGACUUGGACAGCGAGGUCCCCCCGCUGCCGCCGCGGUACCGCUUUCGAGAUCUGCUGCUGGGUGACCAGGGCUGGCAGAGCGACGACAGGGUGCAAGUUGAAUUCUAUAUGAAUGAAAACACAUUUAAAGAGAGACUAAAACUCUUCUUCAUCAAAAACCAAAGAUCAAGUCUGAGAAUACGGUUAUUCAAUUUUUCACUUAAGCUAUUAAGCUGUUUCUUAUACAUAAUUCGUGUGCUUCUGGAUGACCCUACACAAGGACAUGGAUGCAAGGAAUUAAACCGGGAUUGUUACAAUCAAAAUUACACACCCGGAACAAUUGAUUGGUCUCCUAUUAUUUGGGUGAAUCGAAGUUUGCCUUUAUGGGGAUUACAGGUUUCAGUGGCUUUAAUAAGUCUCUUUGAAACACUAUUGCUGAGUUAUCUUAGCUACAAGGGAAAUAUCUGGGAACAAAUUCUGCGAAUACCCUUCCUGCUGGAAAUAAUAAACGCUGUCCCUUUCAUCAUUACGAUUUUCUGGCCAGUCCUAAGAAACCUGUUUAUUCCUGUUUUUUUAAACUGUUGGCUAGCAAAGCAUGCUUUGGAGAAUAUGAUUAAUGAUCUUCACAGAGCCAUCCAACGUACACAGUCUGCAAUGUUUAACCAAGUCCUCAUUUUAAUAUCCACUUUACUGUGUCUUAUCUUCACUUGUAUUUGUGGAAUUCAACAUCUGGAACGAGCAGGAAACAAGUUGACUCUCUUUGACUCCCUUUAUUUCUGCAUAGUGACAUUUUCCACGGUGGGCUUUGGGGAUGUUACACCCAAGAUAUGGCCUUCAAAGCUGCUUGUUGUCAUUAUGAUCUGUGUUGCUCUUGUGGUGUUGCCCAUACAGUUUGAACAGCUGGCGUAUUUGUGGAUGGAGAGACAGAAGUCCGGAGGCAACUACAGUCGACACAGAGCUCAGACGGAAAAACACAUUGUGCUGUGUGUCAGCUCUCUGAAGAUUGAUCUACUUAUGGAUUUUUUAAAUGAAUUCUAUGCUCACCCUAGGCUGCAGGACUAUUAUGUUGUUAUUUUGUGUCCUACUGAAAUGGAUGCUCAGGUCCGGAGAGUGUUACAAAUCCCGAUGUGGUCUCAAAGAGUUAUCUAUCUUCAAGGCUCAGCACUAAAAGAUCAAGACCUGUUGAGAGCAAAAAUGGAUGAUGCUGAAGCUUGUUUCAUUCUAAGUAGCCGCUGUGAGGUGGACAGAACAGCAGCUGAUCAUCAAACCAUUUUAAGAGCAUGGGCUGUUAAAGACUUUGCCCCGAACUGCCCUUUGUAUGUCCAAAUACUGAAACCUGAGAAUAAAUUCCACAUCAAGUUUGCAGAUCACGUUGUGUGUGAAGAAGAAUUCAAAUAUGCUAUGCUAGCUCUAAACUGUAUAUGUCCAGCUACCUCUACAUUGAUCACACUGCUGGUUCAUACCUCCAGGGGACAAACGGCACCAUGGGAAGCUUUUCGACAACUAACUGGAACCAGACAGACUCUGAACAGAGAGAGUCAGCAAUCAUCAGAACAGUGGCAGAAAAUGUAUGGCAGAUGCUCUGGUAAUGAAGUGUUUCACAUUAACCUGGAAGAAAGUACUUUUUUUGCUGAGUAUGAGGGGAAAAGCUUCACAUAUGCUUCUUUCCAUGCACAUAAAAAGUUUGGAGUCUGUCUGAUUGGUGUUAGAAAGGAAGAUAACAAAAACAUUUUGCUGAAUCCAGGUCCUCGGUAUAUCAUGAGUUCUACAGAUAUAUGCUUUUAUAUAAAUAUCACCAAAGAAGAGAAUUCUGCUUUCAAGAAGCAAGAAAAACACAGAAAAAGACAUGAAUCAAAAUUAUCUUAUCAUGGAGCAUCUAGGUUGCCUGUACACAGUAUAAUAGCCAGCAUGGGAACCGUAGCUAUCGAUUUACAAGACACAGGAUGCCGAACGUCCAGCGGACCUACACUAGCUCUUCCUUCUGAGGGAGGUAAAGAAGGCAGACGGCCCAGUAUAGCACCUGUUCUGGAGGUUGCAGACUCAUCCUCACUUCAGGCAUGCGACCUUCUAAGUGACCAGUCAGAAGAUGAAACCACUCCAUCUGAUGACGAAGUCUCUGCAGGCUUAGAGUAUGCCAAAGGCUAUCCUCCUUACUCUCCUUACAUUGGAAGUUCUCCCACAUUUUGUCAUCUUCUGCAUGAAAAAGUACCCUUCUGUUGUCUAAGACUAGAUAAGGGGUGCCAGCAUAACUACUAUGAAGAUGCCAAAGCCUAUGGAUUCAAAAAUAAAUUGAUUAUCGUUGCAGCAGAAACUGCUGGAAAUGGCUUAUAUAAUUUUAUCGUCCCACUUAGAGCUUAUUACAGACCGAAAAAAGAACUCAAUCCCAUUGUAUUACUCCUGGAUAACCCCCUAGAUGACUUAUUAAGAUGUGGGGUCACCUUUGCAGCUAAUAUGGUGGUGGUGGACAAAGAAAGUACAAUGAGUGCUGAGGAAGACUACAUGGCAGAUGCUAAGACCAUUGUAAAUGUUCAAACACUCUUCAGGUUGUUCUCGAGCCUAAGCAUUAUCACAGAGCUAACUCACCCCGCCAAUAUGAGAUUCAUGCAAUUCAGAGCCAAAGACUGCUAUUCUCUUGCUUUAUCCAAAUUGGAAAAGAAAGAACGGGAGAAGGGAUCUAAUUUAGCAUUUAUGUUUCGACUGCCCUUCGCCGCUGGCAGGGUUUUCAGCAUCAGUAUGUUGGACACACUGCUGUACCAGUCAUUUGUGAAAGAUUAUAUGAUCUCUAUCACAAGACUUCUCCUAGGACUUGAUACAACACCAGGAUCUGGGUUUCUUUGUUCAAUGAAAAUCACAGAAGAGGAUUUAUGGAUUAGGACAUAUGCCAGACUAUAUCAGAAACUUUGUUCUUCUACAGGAGACAUUCCAAUUGGAGUCUACAGGACAGAAUCCCAAAAGCUUACAACGUCUGAAUCUCAAAUCUCUAUCAACGUAGAAGAAUGGGAAGACACUAAGGACACCAGGGAACAGGUUAACUAUCGUAGUAAUCAUCGUAACUCAACAUCUAGUGAUCAGUCCGAUCACCCCUUGUUACGACGAAAAAGCAUGCAGUGGGCUCGACGGCUGAGCCGAAGAGUACCGAGACACUCUGGUAAAACAGCUGAGAGAAUAAGCCAGCAGCGAAUGAACCUUUACAGGAGGUCAGAAAGACAGGAACUUGCUGAGCUUGUGAAAAACAGAAUGAAACAUCUGGGCCUGUCUCCAGCAGGAUACGAUGAAAUGAAUGAUCAUCAGAACAACCUUUCUUACAUCCUGAUCAAUCCUUCUCCAGAUACAAGAUUAGAGCUGAAUGAUAUAGUAUACUUGAUCCGACCUGAUCCAUUGGCUUAUGUUCCAAACACAGCAUCCAUCCGAAAAGACAGCUUCUGCAAUACAGUGGGACAAGAUACCAGAGAGGAAACACAACUUUGAUAUGCAAUUCAACAAAAUUAACAGUUUUAUACACAUAGUUUCCUCCAAUCAUUUUGAAAACUAAGUGGUACAUUUUAUUCAGUUUUUGGAAACAAAGUGACAGUAGGUAAGUCACUUAUUUUAGAAACACGGUCUCUAGAAACUCUUACGAGUUUCCUCAUGAUUGUCAAGCUUGUAGCCUGUUCAACAUUGUAGUUGAACUUCAGUUUAGCAGAAAACUGUUAUGAUUUAACCAAUAUGAAGAAAUGAUUAAAGAAGAGACUCCAAAAUGUUUCACUUAGAAGCUUCUAAGUAUAUCUAUCAAGGUGGCAGCAUGUCUGCAAAUAAGUUCCCGACAUAAAUCAUAAAAGAUUAUCUGAUGUCCAUCAAGGGAUCAUGUAUGCGUAGCAGAAAAUAAGUUAAUAUUUAAAGUUAUCAAAGAGGAUGUUUGUGCCAAGAAUACAACCUCUGAGAUAAUUUUCAAGCUUAACUUGUCACCCAUUUAUAUUUGAACAGCCUUGUUUUACUCCCAUUAUGGCCUCUAGGACUUGAAUGUUUGCUCUGUGAGUUUACAGAUGACACAGCUUAGUCAUGCUGUAGAGAUUGACCUGAGGCACAUCUACUGAAAAAUUAGCUCAGAGAAGCUCAGAGAAUCUCACAGAGGCAUUUCAAGAAGGAACAAUUCAUAGAGCAAGCAAAGCAGAACUUUUAAAGGAAUUAUAUAAAAGCAGUCCUUUACAUUUGCAAAAAUCUGGUAAGAAUAUGUGAAGCUACAAACAGCUGUAGCUCAGAUGAAGAAUGAAUCAUUUAACAUGAGUUUUCAGUCACAGAAUGGCUUGGUUGAAAUGGAACUUAAUUAUCAUCAAGUUCCAAUCUACCUGCCAUGAGGAGGGUUGCCAUCCACUAAAUCAAGUUGGUAGCAAGAAGACUCAAUGGAUGAUGCCAAAGGCAAGUGUCUCUCCAGGGAGCAACUAAAACCACAGAUUGUUCCCACUCCCACGGCGAUACCAGAACUCCCAACUGUUCAAACUACAAGCAUACCCCAUUCAUAUUACCCAAAUACGAUACUUGUUCAUAUGAAACUACAUAUCAUAAUGAAAAUGAGAAAAGCUUGUAAUCUAUUCCACAAAAUGAAUGGAGCACUACAUGAAAUGGAUUUGAAGGGUUUGGCAUUCAAUACGCAAGAAAGCAUCUACAGUGUAUGAAGCAUCUGAAGCUGCUACAGAAUCUCCAGUCUACAUAUACAAGAAUCCCAGAAGUUUUGGUCAAGAAUUUACAGAAGUAAACAUAGUUGUACACAAUCUUCAAAACAUUCUUGCUUUGCCAUUGAUCAUGAAAGGGGAGGAAGGUCCUUAAGGUUCAAACCAUCCUGCUACAACAAUCAAUACAGGACUGUUACAAAAAAAUUGACAUGUGGACUGAAGUUGCAGAACCGAUAAUUCUUUGAAUUCCCUUGAUGUUCUCUGUGUACAGAGAAAUCCAGUCUAAAAACAUUUUUUUAUUAUUUGGAAAAAAAGCAUAGCUGAUAUUGUUCUGAAAAAUAAAAUGCCAAGCUGCCUGAAGAACAAGCAAGUAUGCUUAUCAGUACUGCAAGUACGUAAAAAAUCACAUCACACUCCUGUUAGGAAUAACACAAGGUCUGCUAUUAUUUCUUCUCUUCCUCUUAAUUUUUCCAAAACUAAACUGUAAGGAAUUAGAGGUCUUAGAGCAAACCAAAGCAAUCAGAUGUUUCAAAGCAAUUGAAACAAUUGCUCAUACCAUCUCUUAGACAGAAUCUUGUCCAGAUUGCAUCACAGAAACUAUCACAUAGAAAUAAUUGUUUGUAAAAUGAAUAGCCUUCUAUUUUUAAUACCUUCAGAGAGAAGACUAUGCCAGUUGUAUAUUUCCAAGCAAGAGAAGUGUUUUAUAAAAUGUUCACUCCAAAAUAUUAGAACAAUUCUGUGUUUCAUACUGAAGGUCUUUCUAACACAGCCUCAAGUAGGCAAACAGAAUUUCAGAAACAUGCCUAGUAUCCACAACCAGCAAGCUACUCUGCUUUUCACACAGUAUAUCCCGGAGUCAUCCAAACCAGACAUUAUCUGUACAUUGCCUGAUGUAACCGCAACAGAUUUAAAGACUCUCUGCCAUAAGAAUAGUUAGGGCUCCAUGCCUGGCAUUUACCAUCCUAUAAACAAGUAGAAAUAAGUAGUUAGGCAUAUUCAUUUUUCUACCCAACUCAGUGGAACAGUAGCAUCUAUUGUCACUUGAUAUUUCCUAGACUUGAUGGAUUUUUAAUUGCUCAAUAGCCCUAGAGACAGGUAGAGACAACUUGCAGCAUGUCUAAAAUAAAGCAAAGAUAAUUUUUCUGAAUAUAAAUGCUUGGUUCUUUUCAAAUUCUACUGGAAGAUGAGCAAGGUAAAAGCUAGCAGCUUCUUUUGAGACAAGUCUAAUAACACAUUGAUGAUGCACUGCUCUAUCCCGUAAUUCAAGAUGUGCCACCUUUCAUGCUGGAAGCAGAACAGCUUUGCUUCCCCAGGCACAUCUUCAGACCCCAUUCUAGUGGGAUUUAAGCCUUUCAAGAACCAUACCGAGUACUCUACAUUACACUGAAUGAGAUAGCACACAUAUUCCUUGAUGGCCAUGAAGGCAGUUCUUUGAGGAUCACUUUACAGGCAAUCUUGUGUUCACAUAUUUCUUGCUAAGAUUAUCAGCAAUAUAAUACAGCUGGACUGGAGAUCAAGUUGAGAAAAAGUAAUAUCCAUGCUCAAUGCUAGAGGAGGGAUGACAAAGCUUCAGAGUCAUUGGGUCCAGAAGACUUGAACAGAGUUGUGUCUGAUGACAGUUCACUCAGUGAAUACAGAGAUUAAACUUACGAUCAUUUACAAAAGCAAGUGACUAAAUUCUGAACCAACUGUCAGAAGCCAGAUGGCCAAAUAACAUCUUUUCCCCACUCAAUCAAAGAAAACAGCAGAUUUCAGUCUGUAUUUAACUGUAUGUACUUUUUUUCUUCUCUUUGUAACUCAUAUUAAUAGCAAACCAGACAUGCUCUCUUUACCAAACGCUUCCUUGAACAACUACGAGGAAACCUGGAAGUCAAAGGGACGAAACAUGUUAUUUAUUCUACAAUAAAAAGUCACAAUAGGUAUUACCGUGGAAUACACUGUGUUUCCUUUACUGUUCCACUCCAGUUCCAGAACACGCACUAACAAAACUUGAGUUCUCAAAAUCUGUAAUAGUGUGAGUUAAUGAAGUUUUCAUUUUAAUUUCCAAGUCAAACUGUUACAAUAUAGUUCCUUCAACCAUAGCUUCCUACCUUUGUAGCAAAUUGUGUACUUCAAAGUAUUUAAGUUACUGAAGACUUCUUAUACAUCUGUUUACUACCGCACCAACAAAAUGCAAAAUAAAUA